AUGGAAGAAAUUACGAAUCAAAAUAGAAAUUCCAAUAUGAAUAGAACACAUUCUUAUGAAAAUAAUCAAAUAAUACCAAGGUAUGAUUCUGAAAAAGAAAAAGAAGAAAAGAGUUUGAUAAGUAAUAUAUUUUCAACAAGAAAACCGAAACAUGCUGGUGCUGGUUUAGUUUCAGGUUUAAAAUCAGUUACAAAAGGGAUAAUAGUUGGGACUAGUUGUUUAUUUAUUUCUCCUUAUUUAUGUGCUAAAGCAGAAGGUGUUAAUGGUUUUUUUAAAGGAAUGUUUUUUGGAUUGCUAAGUGCGAUUAUUAUUCCAAUAAUGUCUUUGGGAGUAGCUAGUUAUCAAAUAGGAAGAGGUAUUAUAAAUACACCUGAAUCGAUAAGCAAAAAAGCCUCAGGAAAAAUAUGGGAUGAAGAGAAAAGAGAGUGGCAUGACUUUUAUUAUAAUUUAGAUGAAGAAGCUAAUGAAGUAUUAAAUGAAAUUGAUGAUAAAAAUAAUACAUUUGACAAAAAAGAUGAAAAUAAUGAUGAUGAAUAUUAUAAUAAGAAUGGAAACAUAAAAGUAAAAAAUGAUGAAUUUUAUAGAAUUUUAAAAGUACCAAUAGAUGCUAGUCAAAAUGAAAUAAAAAGGCAGUACUACAAACUUGCUAAAGAAUUUCAUCCCGAUAAAUGCUCUGAUUUAAAAGCAAAAGAAGAAUUUCAGAAAAUUGGAGAGGCAUAUCAAGUUUUAGGAGAUAUUGAAAGAAGAAAAAGAUAUGAUAAGGAAGGAAAAACAGCUUUAAAUAAUAUGCAAUUUAUUGAUUCAACAUUUUUUUUUACCUUAUUAUUUGGUAGUGAAAAAUUAGAUCCUUAUAUUGGAAAGUUAAGGAUGGUUAUGUAUGUAGAAUAUGAGCAAUUAUAUAAAGAUGAGGAUGUACAACGUAUUAUUAUAAAGGAACAAAACAAGAGAGAAGUUCAAUUAGCUUUACAUUUAAGAGAAAUAUUAAAUAAUUAUAUAUAUGGAAAUCAAGAAGAGUAUUUAAAUAAAUUUAAAAAUGAAGUUAAAGAAUUAUGUCAGACAUCUUUUGGUCAUGUAAUAUUAGAAAAUGUUGCGUGGUCAUAUGAAAAUUGUGCUAAUCAAUUUUUAGGAGAUAAAUACAGUUUAUUUGGACUUAGUGGAAAGUACUACAAAAUGCAACAGAAAAAAAGAGUCAUAGGUACAGGAUUUAAAUUUGUAAAAACAUUAAUUAAAACUAGUUCAUUAGCAAAUCAAAUUAAAAAAAAAGAAGAUGAAAAUAUUUCUUUAGAAAAAACUGCAAAAGUUAAUAAAAAAAUUGAAGAUUCUUUACCAACCAUUGUAGAAACUAUGCUCAACAUAUGCUUAAUUGAUAUUGACCAAACUAUAAAAGGAGUAUGUAAAAAAGUUUUUACUGAUAUGUCUGUAGAUGAAAAAAUGAGAAAAACUAGAGCAGAAACUCUCAUUAUAUUAGCCAAAGUUAUGAAAAAAAUUAUAUAUGAGUUUAAAAAAAAUAAUGAAAUAAUGGAUACUAAAAAGUUGUUCGAAGAUGCGUGUAUAAGGGCUUGCCAAAGGCAGGAUGAAGAAAAUAUUUAA